AUGGUUAACAUUCUCUGCCUCGCUGCCUUGGGCCUUGCUGCCCUCUCUCAGGCUACUACCCUGCAUGUCAACAAGGGUUACAUUACCGUUGACGACGCCGCUGUCCGCAGCUCCGUUACCGUUAGCUCCCCUAUUACCAUCUAUGCUGGGUUCGACGGCACCUCCACCAAGGAAUACAUUAAACCUGGCUGCUCCUUGGAGGCUUCUUGGCCCAGUGACUAUGGUGAUAUCUACUUUGGUGCGGACAACUGCCUCUACGAUUCCAAUGGCCAGAAUAUCAACGGCCAGUGCUGCAAGGACCCUGGUGACUUGUCCGAGGUCAAGAACCCCUACUACGGCUAG